AAAAAAAAGAAAAGGAAAAAAAAUGAAUAUUAACGAUUUCAGUUUUCCUAUAAAUAAAGCCGAACGGGCCAACCGAACGUGUUAUAAUUUGUACGGCUAAACCAGAAAUCGUUCGUCGUUUCUCAACGCAAUGUCGCGAGUUAAUAAAACAGUUUUUAUAUCUCUUCUUCUUCUCGGUGCAGUCUGUUUUCAGAACGUCGAAUCAACGAUCGAUAUUUUUAGGAUAAUCGAACCGACCCGACGUUUAUAUUGUCAAACGAAUUGCGUUGAUCUUAACAAUUGGAAUUAUAUUUGGAACUCGUUAUGUUUGAAAUUAUGUCCCGAAUUAGUAUUGUUCACGACUACCAGUACGAUCGGACAAUCGACGGGAACUAAUAUUUCAACAUCCACCCCGAUAACUAUGACGACUACGUCCACUACGACCGGUGGUGCAUCAUCUUUGACUACUCCAUCGAGUGCAGGAACGACAAUGGCGAAUAUGUCGACGACUAUGUCUACAACAAGUACGAAAGCUGCGUGAUCAAUGAUCCAAGUGAUUUCAUCUUAUAAUUGUCGAUCAUCUCAUCGAACAAAUACAAGAUGGCGUUGGGUGUUCGAAAUGAUUAUAAAUACGAUAACAAAUUUAUAAUGUUCAUAGGUUUGACAUAUGUUCUAAUCUAUCUAUCGCGUUUAGAGACAACGUAUGCAGUUUUCUCUUUUUUUUUUUUUUUGUACUACCGUAGUUAUUUUUUUCUCUUCAUGUAGUAACAAUAAAGUAAGCAUUACUUA